CAGGUGUGGGGAGUUGGAGCGGGAGGGCUACGGGAGGUGAAGCACAGCGUGUGUUUGGGACAGGCACGUGGCAGACCAACACCAUAGGAGCUAACAGCUGUGCUUUGCUUGGGAGGAGCUGAGUGUGUAUUCGCUGAUCUCAGGGCAUCUUUCUGCAGCAGUACUGGUGUGUACUGCUACAGGCCAGGCUGAAUGAGUCUCUGAUGUAUGUGAAAUCAGGAUAACCAUCUGAAAUACACCAAUGCCUUUCUUCUUUAGCUAGUGUGGUUAUUGUUUUAGGUGAGUAGUCAUGUCAUGGGGAAACUGGCACAGUGUCCAAGAUGUGGAGAGUAAGAUGCUCAGUGUUUUGGUGCCUUUGUACUGUGCUGAGCGCCCACAAAACAUACCAAUGAAUCAAUUACUCCCCAUGAAAGAGUGUUUCUUCCUUUAAAUGUUCAGAAAUCAUUAAGAAACAUGACAAGAAUAGAAUCUAUUUUGUUUGUUAAAUUGGAUUAAAGUAACUGCAUUCCCAUAUGGAUUGGGCAAUUAGAUUUAAUGCUACUUUGCAUAUUGUUUCAGUUUCAUCUUGGUGGAGAUAGCUGUCUGUUUUAGGAAGUAAUUUUUCUGUGGGACAAUAAAAUCUUAAUGAUCACAUCAUCACGUUUCAGCGUAGACCCUUUUGCACGUACCAUCAUACCGACCUCAUUGCUCAUACUGUUAGUGUGUGCAGUGCAGGAAAUGCCUCUGAGAAUGGCAGUGUGUGAGAUCACACACACACAUCUGUGCUCGUGUGUAACCCGUGCGGUGGAGUAGGCUGCUGGUUCACGGCUUGGUCAGGGCUAUUAGAUUCCUUCCCCGAGGCAUUUUAUAAUCUGUUUAACAUAACACAGUCAUUUGUCUUGUUUGCUGACUACUUAACAGAUGGAUUUGUGGUUUCUGUAAUUACUGUACAAACGGUAAUAAGACGUGAUAUCUUUUAUUAAUUAACAGGUUUUCAGGUUUGUUUUUCCGAAUGACGAGGCAGAUUAGGUGUAAAUACCAGUGGCAAACAAAUAUUAGUUCUACAGUGUUCUUAAUGUUUUGAGGAACUGUGCAGACUUCCAAUGGUCCCCAUGGUGCCCUUCUUGUUGUUCCCAGGGUACUCUUUGUCAUUAUUAUCUAGAAGCACAGUCACUGUUUUUUGUUAAAAUGUGGCCUCUCUGAAUGGACAGCACAGACCUGGCCAGUGUCCUAAAGCAUUCUCUAUCUGUAUCCUGUCUCUGUGAUGUUCUUUCAUUGCAUUUAUAUCAUUAUACAACAUUCACAUCCUGUCUUUCCUCCUGGAGGCUUCCAAAAGUAGAAAUUGGGUGUAAACAAGAGCCACGGGCUGCCGAAUUUGCUGACUCUGUCACUGCUGCUCCCUCUCUGUGGCUCUGAGUCAUGGAGAAGGAGCACCGCCAUCCAAACCCAGCAGCACAUUCUUGUGAGCAAUGUUGAACAGGAAAAGCAUAACAUUUCUUGGCCUUCCAUUAAUACACAGACACUUCAAAUCUGAACAUAAUUUAAGCUGAGAGAUUAUUAUCUGCAGGGCUUCGUUUUAGAGGAGAUUACGAUGAGAUGCAUGUGUAGGUGUGACGUGGAACUGCUUUCCUUUCAAGUGCAUUCCAUUCCUGCUCCCUUUACCCAGCCGUGUUGUGGCAGGAAAUUCACGUGCACACCAAACACAACAGCUGUCAUCUCCUGUGACAGCACUGCCAUUCCUGUAGGACAACGUGGCUUUUACAGUACCAGAGAAGAGGAUGAAUCAGAGUAUGUUAUGAUGACUUGUUGAUUUUUCCCAUACCAAAAUAGUUUUGUGCUUAAAAUACAUUCCACACGAAAUGAAGCAUGAGUGAGGCUGGGAUUGCUUUCCAGCACCCAAAUGGAUCUCAAACUUGUUUUUGUUGCCUGCAGACUUUGUGUCUUUCUGUCGGGUCAGCUGUGGGGAAAGAAGUGGCUGUGAGCAGGAGGGAGCGUGGUGUGCGUCUGCUGCUCUGUGGAGGGUCACUAAAAAUGUGCAGACUGCUGUGAAUGGCAGAACAGGAGGAGACCUGCCUGCAGGUGGCUGAUCCGGGCUCCCUGCGUUGUCUGGCUUUCAGUGUUGCAGCCAACAGUUGUUUUAUUUUGCCUUACCCAGUGCUGAGCUUUCCACCAGGACGGUUGGGCAGCCAUCCUUCGAUGACUGCAGAGCAAACUAAUCCCAAUGCAGGUCAGAACUGCUGCUCGGCCAGACGUGCAAUAUUGUUUUCUUUGGGGAAUUAAUCCUGUCUGGCUGAUUAGUCCGCGUGCUUUCAGUUUUAUAAGGAUGGCUAAGCUGUAUCCGAGUGUUCCACUCAGUUCUGCUGCUAGAUGACAUUUGAAGACAAGCAGAAUGAUCUCUAUGUAAUAAUCCUAAUGCAAAGGUUUGCAGUGUUGUAAAACUGGCUGUGCUUGUGUUUUAAGAUGUGGGUAGCACUGCUUAAAUUCAUGCUGUGCUUUCAUUACUUUUGGGUGCCGUCCACAUUCAAAUGAAAUGAAGGCAGUGGAGUAAUCGCAGUUUAGGAUAUAUGAUUCAAAAUGACAGAUGUGCUGGUGCUCUGUAUUAGCAUACGUCCCUUCAAAUAAAAUCCACCUUUGGAACCAUGCAAAAUCUCAUGUAUUUAAUGCUGUUUAAAUAGAAAUAAAUAGUCAUGCUGACGGUGUUUCAUCUGGGAUGUGAGGGGAAGCUGCUGAGUGCUGUGUGGAAAUACACUGCCUGACAAACUCAGCUUUUCUCUGGGGUCAAACUAACCCCAUUUUCUCCUCUGUGCUGCUCCUGAUCAGGCAGCUGAUGGAUAACCAGGUUACAGACUAUCAGUUGUUUGGUAGCUUUCCGGUUUCCUUCACUGUUGAAGUGUGUGACUGUCAUCUUUGCACCGUGGAAUUUUUUCACCCUUGGCUCCGUGACCAGACUUCUUAAAGUAGGACAGUGGUGAAUGGUGGAGGAAGGAGGCUGCUAUUGGAGGGCUGCUCACACGGAGAUGGACACCAGCAGCAUCUGGUCCACAAAGUUCCUGUGAGAAAUCAGCCUGCACUCAUUGCAUCCCACGAGCAGUGGAUGAAGGGCACACAAAGCUGAAGCAUGCUUCCACUGGGAGGAUAAGCAAAGGAUCUCCAGUAUAAUUUCUCAGUAUUUGUUUUGCUCAAAUGCACAUGCAAAUUCACACGUUCUUCUAUACAGUGACCGAAUCUAAAACAUUCUCAUAUUUAUAUUGCUGCAUAAUAUGUUGGAAUUAGCAAUAUGGUUUUUCUUCACCAACUGAAAAUAAAUCAAUAGGGAAAUGUGGCAAAGAAAAUGUUGCCCUUAUUUUUCCACCCUGUGCUCACUAGAUUUAGUUAUUUGGCCUUAGACUUCCAGUAAUGGCUACCUGAUGAACAGUGCUCCAGUAUCAUCUUUCAUCCUUUCUACCCCAUCUCAGACCUGGGUAUCCAACCAACACAAAUCAAUUUCUGUCAUCCCGCUGUCAUUUUUGGUAGAGUGUAUGGGAAGUUAAGACAGACAAAAAGCCAACAACAGCACUGCUCAACUACAACAGCACUGUAGCACUGCUCUCAAGCAGAAGCUUAUUCCUUAGCAUGAGCUGCUCUCAGUGAGUUCUGGUACACUGAUGCUAUAGCAAGUGGCCUUAAUCUUCAGACAUGGCAAAUCCUAUUUACUCAGUAAUUAUUUAAGCUAAUUAUAUCUCUGAUGGAAGGAACAUGUGAUGAGUUCAUACUAUAUCCUUUAAGGAACGCUGAAGUCCUGGAUCCUCAAAAAAAAAAAAGUCUCAUUCCAUUUUGGGAGUGUUGUAUAGAAUCACAAGGUUGGAAAGGACCUACAAGGUCAUGGAGUCCAAAAGAAAUAAUACAGAGAAAAAUGUGUUCGUGUGGUGAGAUUAUCUGUAGAGUAAUAGAAGCUGCAGUUUGUUACAAGUCUCCCCUGGAAGUGCUUUGUUUGCACUGCAGUUUCAUAGGGGAUCUGUUGCAUUAUCAGGAGUGGUUGGAUAAAAGGAAACACAUUCUGGCUUUUAAAAAGCUGCAUUUGAAAUCAAACUCCUCUGUAGAAAACCGAGGAACAGUCUUUGAUCCCAUGGGUACAGAAUGUCCCGGCGGGCAGUGCAGUUCCUAUCGUACACUGACAGCCAGGGGAGCAUUUCUGCCGUGUGUCACUGACACAGGCAAGGUCAGCAUCAGGCCCAUCGCCUGCCUGCGGGGUGUGGUGGGAGCCAGAACACUGCUAAGGGAAGCAGUUCGCUACAGGGAGCUAAAUGACAGUGGGUCAAGUGGCUGUGAAAAUGGGCUGCGUCCGCCUGGAUGGGCCAUAGCACUGCAGGGCUCUCGGUGGUGGGAUUUGCCCCUGUCUGCACAACUCAGGCUGGAAGGAAUGGGUGGGUAUGCACAGCCAAGCAGGCUGAUUGCUGGCAACCUGUGCUGGGCUGUGAGAGCCACAAAGCUGCCAUGCUGCUCACUGCGUUGCCUGCUGGUCUUUGCCCUUCUCAGCAGAACAGCAGGUGUUGCAGGUGCAGAAAUACAUAGCAGAUUGCUAUGGAAUAAUCAGCAGGUGAUCCAGGUCCACUCUUUGGGACACACCAAUAGCAUAUCUUUUUCUGAUUUAAAUGUAUUCAAUUGUUAUUUCUACCUGCUUAGUUACCUUUUCAAUUCAUAAUAUAUGUGCAUACAUAUAUGUGUAUAAAUAGCAUGUAUACAUGUGGAGUAAGACAGACUUUACAAGUAACUGUACCUGUGCUUUUGGUGCAUCACUGAAAAACAUAAGAUGGUUCCAUGUCCAUUAGGGAUAAGGUCAACCACACAACCCUUUUUACAGUCAGAAGAAGACCAGCUCCUCAGGGAGAUCCUGAUGCUAGCUAAGAAUGACCCAAGGAAAUGGAAAAUGAACUAUGACAAGAGCUAAGCAGAGAACCCUAAGGCAGUAUAUAUAUGAGUAUAUGCCAGAUCAGCUCACGUGCUAGAAUAAAAGACAGUUCCCAAAGGAAGUGGUGAUUGUCCCUCAACUAAGAAAAAGAUAAAAAUGAUGGAAAAAAUGAAAGGUGUAUCCAAAGUACGUGAUGAGAUAAUACAAAGAAAAUACCUGACAUCAUUUCUUUGUGUCUGAUUUUAAUGGGGCAUGAACCCAGUCUGAACUAAAUUAAUAUUUAAGCCUGAUAAUUGCCAAAGUCUUCAGAUCUCACAGCUUUCAGAAGCAAAGAGAACAAACUGUGAGGCCUGGAUCUUUUAGCAGCAAAGAUGUUUCCAAAUCACGAAGAACUCUUCCAAAUAGUUCUGCUGAGGUAAAAGAUGCUGUGAUUUAAUGAUUGCUCUUGAUUAAAUGGAGGAACCUGGCUCUGGUCUUGUGCAUAUUGAGCUCUCUGCUAAUAUCACCUUCCCACGUGUGGCAUACACAGCCACACAUAUGCUUACACAUGCAGUUCUGGCAAUACAGAAGAAAAUAGAGAGCAGUUUUGCACUGAAAAAAGGAGUUGCGCUAGCUCAGUUGUAGCUAUUGUUGUAUGUGUAAAGGGAGAAAGACCCUGUUCCCUAUAGAAAGUGGCAAUUGUUAUGAUGGGCACUGCUGCAGUGGUUGUGGUAUCCUCUGGAUCAGCUCUGUUGUAUUUAAGGUAUCUGUUGUCACAAAGUGUCACUCAGGAUGGAGAGUAUAGGAGUGCACUGCGUGACAUCAGAGGGAGAGGAUAUUUCAAAUGAGUUGUGGCCUCUGAAAGUGAAAAGAGAUGGAGGGCUUAAGACAUUUAAGUUCCAUAACGUGCAUUUAACUGGAGUAGUGGGCACAAAGCAUUUAAAGAAGUGUUUGUACUACCAAGGAGUACAUUGGGCAGGUGAGCAAAGUUUUGGCGAGGUAAAAAUACAGGUAGGAGAAACACUGACAGUGGGCAUUGAGUGAGGCUGCUUGAAAAGAGGAUAAAAGUAGUGAACUGGGCCAGAGGAGGCUCUUUUCAGAACCUGACAUAAAAUACUCAGCAGGAAGAGUGUAAAAAGAAGAAAGGCCUGCUAAAAUGUCACAAAAGCUGCCCAGUUUAAUUCAAGGCAGGAGAAAAAACAUCAAGAGCAGGUAAUCUCUGAGCCAGGGCCAGCUGUGACAGGGCUCGUUCCUGCUGCACUGCUACCAGAGAGCACCAGCAAUAGCAUGCAGCAGGGGUGGAAGCAAAGCAGAUCAGUUUGUCGCAUUCCCUUUGGGACACAGAAGUCUCUGCCUACUUUGCAUUCAAUGAACUGUUUCUUUCCUUUUCUGCCUUGAGGGUCCUGACCCUGAGUUACUCAUGGAGAGGAGAUGUGCUACUUGUCCUUGGUGUUCAGCUUCACUUCCCAGAUUUCAUUGUCUUGGUUUAAGUCAUGCAAAAUUAAGGUUCACGGUUGUCUUUUUUUGGUGCACUGCAUGAGAAACACGAGGAUGCAGUUUUGGAGCACCACAUGGGGGAUUUGUGGGAAGCUUUGCAAUGCCCAUAACAGCAGUGGGACUCACAUGCUGUCCUGUGCCCACAGGGCCAUCCCGUGCUGGGACUGCAGAUGGAGAGGGAAGAGCCCACAUGAGGCACUCACCUGGAG